AUGUACGGAGACCUCUUCCUGCCCUGUAACAUGCCAGAACCUCCCAAGAAAAACUUCUUUACCAACCUCUUCACUGGAAGUGGUCUCUCCAAUACGGAAAGAGAAGCGUUGUUAGGUGAAAAACAAGCGGGUAAAUCGACAAUAGGAACGGCUGCCCUCCUACCUUCAGGUCGAACUGAACGUCUGGGAGGUCAGGCAUCUGGUGCAACCUCGGACAUAGCUCGAGCCCGAAAUGCCGCCAUAGAGCGUGGCGAGAAGUUGGGUCAACUGGACGUCCAAACCCAGGAAAUGCUGGAACAAUCCAAGAAUCUUGGCAAGACUGCGGCCAUGUUGGCUGCCAAAUAUGAAAAACAGGACAAAUGGUGGGGCGUUUGGCCACGAUGA